UCUGUGCACCGCGCUGUGGCGACAUAGACUGCUGAAAUGGUAUAUUCGCACACGAGUUUAUAUUUUUUUAACCGCAAGUAGUUUUAUGUAUCACGCAGAGCGACGAUUAGCGAAGAUGUGUCUCGUCGUUCGAAUUAAUGAUACAUAAUUAUUCACCAUGGGCGUUCAUGGUCUGUGGCGACUGCUGGACGCUGCUGGAAAACCUGUGGCUUUAGAAACACUGGAGGGAAAAGUCCUCGCCGUCGAUGUAUCCAUUUGGUUGCAUCAAGUGAUGCAAGGAUAUCAGGAUGGGCAUGGAAGUCCUCUACCCAAUGCUCAUCUUCUUGGGUUAUUCAAUAGAAUAUGUAAAUUACUGUAUUACAAGAUCAAACCUGUGUUUGUAUUUGAUGGUGGUGUACCUCUGCUCAAGAAGAAUACAAUUGCUUCUCGCAGAAAGCAGAAAUCUAUGGCAUCUAGUAAGGCGCAAAAAAUGAAGACCGACUUGAUAAAUAAUUUGCUCAAACGUACGGUAGUCAAGGGAGCCCUGGGUAAUGGGAGUACUGAGAAGCAGGAGGAAAAGGAGGAAACCAGUGGAAAAGUCGAUCGGUCCUCCGUACAUUCGUCCCUGAACUUAUUCAAGCUACCCGUCAUUCCCAGUGGCAGCGAGUUUCUUUCGGAGGACGAAGAUGACCCGGAGACGGAAACUGAAUCGUCUGUUCAACUAAGUCCGAGGAAACAGGCCAAAUGGAAGGGAAAUAUUCACAACGUGGAUGUCAGCAGCACAGAGUUCAAGGAAUUGCCACCGGAUGUCCGUCACGACAUACUGACCGAUCUCAAGGCAACGAGGAAGGAAAACUCUUGGGGAUGUCUUCAUGAAAUGCCUGAGGAUACUCACGACUUUUCAAACUACCAAAUGAAACGUUUGCUUAAGCGGAGGAAUGUUCAGGAAUGUCUCGAGGAAGCUGAGCGAGAAAUGGGAGGCAAGACCAUGACUCUGGAAGAAUUGGAUGUCCUUCUCACCGAACAGGGCAUUGCUACAACUACAAAGAUUGAUAACGCAAGCCGCAUUGCAGCUGACAACUUGACACGAUUUGUGUAUAUUAAUGGUGCGAAUAAAGACGUCCUGACAGCCAAAAAAACUGACAUUACCAAAGUCAGUUCAUUGAAUAAAAAGUCGGAGGAUAACGGCAAUCCUUCAGAGGAUGAUGACGUGGAGAUAAUUGAAAAUUUGAAGGAAUACGAGCUUGACGAAGACUGGGAGAGUGACUGGGAAUCCAGCGACGAGCCAGAAGUCACAGUGAUGAAGUCGACAAAAUUAAAAAAGCUGAUGAAAUCCAGCGACGUUAAUCCCGCGAUGAUGUAUAUGCUGGAACAUAGCGGCCUAAGUCAAGAGGAAAUUUUCUGUAUCAUUGAGCAAAGUAAAAACAAGUCUACAGAGUCGUCAGGCCGCAAUCGACCUCGAGAUUCUAAGCGAUGUUCGAAAGCUUUGGAUUUCAUCAUUAAAUCCGAACCCGCCGAUAGCGAAGAUGAAAAAUCACAACCAGGUACUGAUAAUGUGCCCGCGAGUAUGAAUUCUCGCAGCAACUCGCCGGUCGAUGUUCCCAUCGAGUGUCCCGAUUUUACGGCUACGGACUUUUCCGAAUCCACAAACAACAGAAGCCCUGAACCCGCUUCUCAUCAAGCAAGCGAGAAUGUGACGACUAACGAAGAAGCAGCCACAACGUCAAGUUCGGAAUCAGAUGACUUUGUCGAGGUUGCAGAUGUGCCUGUACCGAAUAUCUCAUAUUCGGCAAUGAAGGAAAAGAAACCCGUGCUCGAAAUAGCAAUCGAGCAAAAUUUACAGUCCGAAGACGACAUGUUUGCCGAUAUUUUUACCGAAAAUGCGAGCCCGGUUCAAGUUACACGGCCUGCAGUACAUGAAACGCAGCGCGGUGUCGAUCUCGCAGACGAGCGGUGUAGCCAAAUUAAAGUACCGUCGCCAGAGCAAUCAAAAGUGGAUGAAAAUGGAUACAAAACACUACUAGAAUCGUCGGUUCAAAGUACAAGCGAGGAGAACAGAAAGGAAGAUGAAUACACGGCGGCUGAUUCGAUAAGUUCGCCUCAAAUCGACAAAAAAGCCGACAACGUUGAGGCAUCGAAUGUCAACGACGAAGCUGAAGAUGGUCACCAACCUACACCAAGCGUCGUGGAUGAGGAUAAGAAGAAAGCUUUUCAGUUUCCUACUCGGAGAGACGAACUCAUCACGAUGCAGGAGCAAUUAGAGACCGAGGAGAAAGAGCUAAGCGGAAAUCUCGGUCGCCUAGAGAGACAGGCGACUGAUAUUACGGAGCAGAUGCGUAUGGAAGCUCAAGAGCUACUACGUUUUUUCGGAAUUCCAUACGUGAUCGCGCCAAUGGAAGCGGAAGCUCAGUGUGCUUACUUGGAAACAAUAAACCUGACCGACGGCACAAUAACAGACGAUUCAGAUAUAUGGUUAUUCGGCGGUCGCUGCGUGUACAAGAACUUUUUCAACCUGAACAAACACGUCAUGCAAUUCCGCUCCAGCGAAAUUCGCCACCAUUUCAAUCUCACCAGAGAGCAAAUGGUGCAGCUUGCACUUCUAGUUGGCAGUGACUACACCGUAGGAGUGACGGGAAUCGGUCCCGUCACCGGGCUUGAAAUUCUCGCUGCUUUUCCAGCCGAAGAGAGCAACCUGCUGCGAGGCUUGAUCAAUUUCCGCUACUGGGUAAAUUCCGGGAGAGCAGCGGGUCCCGGAAAAGCAUCGCUACGUACGAAGUUGAAGAAUGUUCGCGUCGAGAAAGGUUUCCCCAGCGAGGCUGUGGUCCAAGCGUAUCUCGCCCCGACCGUCGACGAAUCUAAAGAAGGAUUCACCUGGAAUGAGCCGAACACAACGCUGCUGGCCGAUUUCACGAGAGAUAAAUUCGGAUGGACGAAAAGCAAGUUCGAAGUUAUAUUCAAUCCGAUAAUGAAGCGACAGGCAGAGUCUAAGAAGCAGAAAGGGAUCGACGACUAUUUCCAGGUGCAGAUUUCGAAGAAAGGCAUAGAAGGAACGCUUAGCAAGCGAGUUCAAAAGGCGGUCGAGCGAUUGGGGGGUGGAAACGAACACGAGGAGGAAUCCGCCGACGUCGAGGUGCCGCAAAAACGUGCUAGAAAAAGUAAACCGAAGUCCAGCGAGCCGAACCUUCUAAAACCCAUAAUCGAGGAAAAAGAGGAAUCAUCCGCCGUCGGCGUUGCUAAGAUAACUCCCUCAACGGAAAUAGCUACAAAGCUACCUAUUACCAAGCCGGAGUGCAUACCGCAACGGGAAAAGGACAAGGCGAACGCUUUGAAGAACAAGCUACGAGCUAUCGAGGUCUUUCGGAAAUCAAAGAAGGGCCCAGGAUACGCGAAGAGAUCCAAACGGACUGCUCGCAAAAUCAAGAACGAGGCCGAGCUCUCGGAGAGCAGUGACAGUUCAUAGAGCCAAAGAUAAGAUAAUUCUAUUCCCAAAACUCGACCUCUACGAAGUUAAUUAUGCAUAUUGCAUGUAAUAUUUAUUGUGACAUGAAACAUUAGUUAUUUAAUUUCAUGGCCACUGGCUGUGCCAGCAGAUUUUUUUAACGUAUACAGAUUUUAGUCUAACGUUUUGUACGGUAUAAUUAUUCUUGUAUUAUCCCACCGCGAUUACGUGGAUCGAUGAAUUUUUGUUUUCGUUAUGAUGUUGAAUAAAAGUGCGAUCGAAGAGG